UCCACAACCUUUUUUUUAAGAUUUUUUAUUUUCUUUCUUUCUCUCUUUCCCCUUUCUUCUAAAAAGCCACUCAUUUGCUCUCUCUCUCUCUCUCUCUCUCUCUGCAGCUUGAAGAACAGAGAAAAAGGGUUUUGUCAUCUGACCAAAGGACCCAUUUCAAUAAAGUUUUCUUUGGCGAGAAAUUGAGGAAAAGUUUGAAGCUUUUGAACAGAAAGUGGCAAUAGAUUCUGCAAAAAUGGGUGGAUUUUGCAGCUCUAAAGACCAAAGUAGUUGUGUUUCUGUGGGAACUUCUUUUGUUUUGUAGCUGUCUGAAGUUGAUUGAUCCUGGAGUUGGGUUUUGGGUUUAGUGUCUUUUUUUCUUUUCUUUCUGAUAGCUGUUAGGAGAGAGAGAUGGAUGUAAGUGAGAAAGAUGAGUUGAGGAACGGUGACACAACUGCAAACUAUGAUGAUGAGUCUGCUAAUAAUAAUAAUCCACCUCCAGAUUGGAGAGUCUCUGGCUCUAAUCAAGUCUCUGCACCAAACGAUUCAUACCCUCCUGAGAAUCAGAUGAUGGAUUCGUUUGGGCAGACUCUCUGGUAUGAUCCAACAAACGUUCAAGCUGUAGGGUAUGGUGGUUUCAACGGUGUUAAUAAUGCCUCUUCUUCUUCGUCUUCCUUUAGGGGUAAUAAUAAUAUGGAUAGAUCUCUUGAGAUGGGUUGGAACCUGUUGCCUCCUAAAGGCAACGGGAUGUUCUUGCCUAAUGCUAGUAGCUUCCUGCCUCCUCCGAGUAUGGCUCAGUUCCCUGCUGAUUCAGGGUUCAUUGAGCGUGCGGCGAGGUUUUCGCUCUUUAGCGGUGGGAGUUUUAGUGAUAUGAUGAAUCACCACCAUCAGCAGCAGCAGCAGCAGCAGCCACUUGGGAAUCCUACUGAGUCGAUUGGUUUGUUUCUUCCAAGUAAUGUUGGUGUAGCUCACAAUGAUGCAUCUGCAGCGAUGAAAGAGAGUAAUGUUGUUAGAUCUAGUGAACAAGGUAAUAAACAGAAUGUUCCUGGCUCUGGUAAUGUGUCUGAGGAUACUCAGUCUAGUGGUGGUGGUGGUGGUAAUGGUCAGAAAGGUGGGGAGGCUUCUUCUAAAGGCUUUGACUCAAAGAAGAGAAAAAGAAACAGACAGAGUUCUGAAGCAGGACAGUCACACAGAUCUCAGCAAUCUGAGGAAGAAGCAGACAACAAUGGUGAUAAAAAGAGGAAUGAUGAGCAGAGUCCAAAAUCACAGGGGAACAAAACAAACAGUGGGAAACAAACGUCUGAUCCUAAAGAUGGUUAUAUUCAUGUGCGUGCACGUAGAGGCCAGGCCACAAACAGCCACAGUCUUGCUGAAAGAGUGAGGAGAGAAAAAAUCAGUGAGAGGAUGAAGUUUCUUCAAGAUCUUGUACCGGGCUGCAACAAGGUGACUGGAAAGGCAGUUAUGCUUGACGAAAUCAUAAACUAUGUGCAAUCUCUGCAACGCCAAGUUGAGUUUUUAUCGAUGAAACUAGCAACUGUGAACCCACAAAUGGACUUUAACCUUGAAGGUCUUCUUGCCAAAGAUGCACUUCAACUAAGAGCUGGUACUUCAUCUGCAACACCGUUUCCGCAAAACAUGCCGAUGGUUUAUCCUCCUCUACCACAUGGAUUCAUGCAACAGACCCUUUCAAGCAUGGGAAGGAACAUUAGCUCACCAUUGUCUCCCAUAAAUGGUGGAUACAAGCGACAGGAAGCAAAUGGAUGGGAAGGAGAUCUUCAAAAUGUGAUACAGAUUAACUAUGGAGCUGGUGAUGUCCCACCUGACUCUCAAGCAGCAGCAGCAGCAGCAGCAGCAACAGCAGCAUCUCUUCCAUCUUCAAACAUGAAGGUUGAGCCAUGAGAUUUUCUUCCUGUUAGAUAGAAAUGUUAUAUUCUUGUAAUCUUUUUUUUUUCCUUUUUUUAAUUUACUGUGUACUAUAUGAUAAAUGAUAAAUGAUGUAUUAACGAAUACUACUACUACUACUAGUACUAAUAAGCAUUUGAGAUUUAGGUAAAA